AUGUUCAGCACGCAUGCACCCCCAGCACCUAAUCAACCAUCCCCCCGCGCUACUCCGAUUAUGCUAACCCAUAUCUCCGCCCUUCUGCAGCAGGAUCGCCAUGAUCCCCGAGCCUGGGUAGUGGUGUCCUUUUCUGCGACUCGCGAGAACCCCGCCUUCAUUCUAUACAGUGUGAAUCUGCGGGCUUGUGGCGUUCUGAAUUCCAAAACGUUUAUGGCGUGCGCGGGGCCGCCAUCGAUGCGCCUUGGGCGUCUCCCAGUUGGGGUGACGCCGACGCCGACGCCGACGAUGGGGUAUGAGAGCUGA